AUGGCUACGUCUUCAUUCCCGUUACCCGACGGUUUCGCAUCAGUCGACGACUACUUCAAAGCCCGGCAUUCGUUGAUCAGCGCUGAGCGAUCGCUGGGAUACGAGCGCAAAGCGAAAAAGUCGGAUCUCGAAAUACAAGCCCAGGAGAUCGUAGAGAAGCUGAAGAAAUGGGAAGAAUGCAACCACCAUGGCGUAUUUGCAGAUGGUUCAGGGUGCGAAGCCGGCCAUCGCUUCCUGCACGGACAAAAUGCAAUUGAGUGCAGCAAGCUCUUCCAGAUUGCACUGAAGACACCCAAGGGAAAUCUCCUCCAUUGCCAUUUCGAUUGCAUUCUUCCGCCGCAGGGAAUGUUGCAAGAUGCGAGGAAGCAGAAUAAUCUACACAUCAGCUGUGAUUGCCCGUUAACGUCAAAGGGAUUCUUUGCUUGCGGGUUACCUCAGUUCUGCGUGCUUCCCCACGACAAGCAUGUGGCUCUGAGCGAGACGACCAACUUAUUCAGCAAGACCUAUAUCGCUGGGUCUUGGAUGAAGUAUUCCGAUUUCUUGCGCUUGUUCCCUGGUGGUUCGAAGAGGGCGGAGGCGUGGCUUGCUAAGCAGAUGGUGAUUGAGUCAAAGGAUGCUUAUCAUCCAGAACAGACAGUCAAUGGUAUCUGGAAGGAGUUCAUGCGGAGUGUUCUUGUCAUGCGCUCCAUGCUUUGCUACGAGACUGCAUACAAAGAGCACUUUCGACGAAUCCUUUGGAGGUUUGCUGAGGAUGGCAUCUCUUAUGCUGAAAUCCGCCUUGCCAUGAAUUAUGGAUUCACUAUCAAAAGUGACGAUGGAAAUAAUGAAUACGACCACGCCGGCAUGGUACAAUUGCUCGCUGAUGUUCUCAGUGAUGAACUUCCCAAGAUCCAAGCGACGGGUUUGACAUUCUACGGUGUCAAGUUCAUUUAUGCUUGCCUGCGCUCAAUCCCCAAAGAACCUAUGAAGUGGUGCAUGGAUACUUGUAUAGAGCUAAAGCAGCAAUUUCCAGAUCUCAUUUGCGCUUUCGACUUGCACGGUCAAGAAGAUGCCGGCCAACCUCUAUCGUAUUGGAUCCCCGAACUGCUUGAGAUGAGGGCCAAGAUUAAUGAAUUGGGACUUGAUCUUCCAUUUAUCUUUCACGCUGGUGAGACACAAGACCAUGGAGGCGACACUGACACAAACCUAUUUGACGCUAUCUUGCUUGGAACGAAGCGCAUUGGACAUGGCUUCAGCAUUGUCAAGCAUCCGCUGUUGAUGCAGCUUUGCAAAGAGAAGAAUAUUGCCAUUGAGACGUGUCCAAUCUCAAAUGAGGUCCUUGGACUUUGUCCAACGACCAAGACGCAUCAUCUUCCUAUCUUGCUAUCCAACUGCGUACCAUGUACUAUCAACAGUGAUGAUCCGGGCUCUUGGGGAGCAAGUGUCCUCUCUCACGACUUUUACCAAGCGCUGAUGGGAACCAAUAACUUGUCGGUACCAGGUUUGAGGGUCAUUGCUGAAUGGAGUAUUGAGCAUAGUUGUAUGAGCUCUGAUAUGCAAGAGAAGGUUUUGAAGGACUUUGACGAGAACUGGAUUAGAUUCUGUCAGUGGAUCAUUGAUACGUAUGGACAGCAGUGA